AUAUCUUUUUCUAUUAUAUCUCUGUCACAACUCUUAAAAUCUUUAUAAUUUUCCUUUUUCUUCUCUAGUACCUCUCUUGUUAAAGACAAUUAUUUUUCUCUUUUCAAAUUUCUUUUUUCAAUUAUUUUAGUUCCCUUUAUUUCCCUUACACCAUAAUAUUAGAGUUUAGGAUAUUUCACCUUUAUUCCCCCUUUACACAUAGUGGAGUGGAGUAUAAACAUAAAGUGUCUUUAGCAAAGAUGUUCACCCUUCCCUCCUAGUAGCAAGGAUCUAAAUUGUCUGCUGUCACUGCUUCGCGCAGUUUCACGUAGUAGACAAUCUCGGUCAUUAGGCAAUGAUCAGACGGCUUUGAUUUAUCGAUUACAAUUUCUCAAAGUUUUGAUCUCAUCCAUUCAUUUUUUAUCGAACGGUUGAAAAUAGUUAUAGCCUUAGCAAUUACUACGUAGAAUCCGUUUCCGAGUACCAGUACUACAACAAGAACCUGCUUUCCAUCCACUCAAACCUUUCCAUCUUAUAUACAUCUCACACUCUUCUCUUUCAUUUCAAUCUCUUACACUUAUAAUAUUACCAAACCAUAAAACAACACUUAAAACUCUUCUCUCUUUUCCCACCCCCCCCCCCCCCCCCCCCCCCCCCCAAAAAAUCAAAAUGACUCAUCAUCAACCAUUUUUCCUUUUUGGACUAAUAGUUAUGAUUUUCAUAACCAACAUGUCACAUGUUAUCAGCACAAACCAGUCUGAGUUUUUUUCUGUUAUGAAAGAGUCUCUCUCAGGAAACUUCCCACUUGAUUGGAGUGCAAGCAAAGUCGAUAAACCAAUCUGCGAAUUCACCGGAAUCACCUGUGACGACAAAGGAAACGUUAUAAGUCUCGAUUUUUCAGGUUGGUCAUCGCUUUCCGGUAACUUCCCUUCAAAUUUUUGCUCUUACCUUCCAAAUUUACGCGUCAUAAACCUCGGUUACACAAAAUUCAAGUUUCCGACAAAUAGUAUAAUCAACUGUUCUCACUUAGAACAGCUUAACAUGAACCAUAUGCACCAGUCAGGAACACUUCCCGAUUUCUCGUCUUUAAAAUCACUCAGAGUCCUCGACUUAUCCUAUAACUCCUUCACCGGUGAUUUCCCUAUGUCUGUUUUCAACCUCACAACUCUUGAAGUUCUCAAUUUCAAUGAAAACAGUAACUUCAAUCUUUGGGAAUUACCAAAAAACUUUGAAAGAUUGAAAAAUCUUAAGUCCAUGGUUUUAUCAACAUGCAUGUUGCAUGGUCAAAUUCCACCAUCCAUAUCAAACAUAACAACUCUUAUUGAUCUUGAGUUAGAUGGAAAUUUCCUCACAGGUCAAAUUCCAAAAGAACUUGGUUUAUUGAAAAACUUGCAACUGCUUGAACUUUACUAUAACUUCAACCUUGUUGGUAACAUACCAGAAGAGCUUGGAAACUUAACUGAUCUCGUUGAUUUGGAUAUGUCGGUAAACAAGUUUACCGGAACAAUCCCUUCUUCGGUUUUUAAGCUUCCUAAGCUUGAAGUUCUUCAGCUUUACAAUAACAGUCUCAGUGGUGAAAUUUCAGAUGCAAUUGAAAACUCAACAACACUUAGAAUAUUGUCUCUUUACGACAAUUUCUUAACCGGACAUGUUCCGGCCAAACUAGGACAAUUCUCAGGAAUGGUUGUUCUUGAUUUGUCAGAAAACAGAUUGUCUGGUCCUUUACCAGAACAUGUCUGUAAAGGAGGUAAACUGUUAUAUUUUCUUGUUCUUGAUAACUUUUUCUCUGGUGUUAUACCAGAAAGUUAUGAAAACUGCAUGUUUCUGUUACGGUUUCGCGUCAGUAAUAACCGUUUAGAAGGUUCUGUUCCAAAAGGACUGUUAAGUUUACCACAUGUAUCAAUCAUUGAUUUGAGCAGUAACAAUUUAACCGGUCCAAUUCCCGAGAUUAAUGGAAAUUCUAGAAACUUAUCUGAACUUUUCCUUCAGAGGAACAACAUUUCAGGAGAAAUAACUCCAACAAUCUCUAGAGCUAUUAACCUUGUAAAAAUUGAUUUCAGCUAUAACUUUCUCUAUGGUCCAAUUCCUUCUGAAAUUGGUAACCUUAGAAAGCUUAACUUGCUUAUGCUACAAGCUAACAAGCUGAACUCAACUAUUCCUGGUUCAUUAUCUUCCUUGGAAUCACUUAACCUUCUAGAUCUUUCCAAUAACCUCUUAACCGGAAACAUCCCCGAAAGCCUCUCCGUGCUUUUGCCAAACUCCAUUAAUUUCUCACAUAACCUUCUUUCUGGUCCUAUUCCUCCUAAAUUGGUUAAAGGAGGUUUAGUUGAAAGCUUUGCAGGAAAUCCUGGUUUAUGUGUGAUGAUUCCAGUUUAUGCUAAUUCUUCUUCUGAUCAGAAAAAUUUUCCCUCAUGUUCACAUGGUUACAAGAGUAAGAAGAUGAACACUAUUUGGGUAGCUGGUGUGUCUGUGAUAUUGAUUUUUGUAGGUGCUGCUUUGUUCUUGAAAAAACGAUGUAGCAAAGACGCAGCUGCGGUUGAACAUGAGGACACACUCUCUUCAUCCUUUUUCUCUUAUGAUGUAAGGAGCUUUCACAUGAUUAGUUUUGAUCAAAGAGAGAUUGUUGAGUCUUUGGUAGAUAAGAAUAUAAUGGGACAUGGAGGGUCAGGGACAGUGUACAAAAUCGAGCUAAAAAGCGGAGAUAUUGUCGCUGUUAAGAGACUUUGGAGUCGAAGUUCAAAGGAUUCGUCUCCCGAAGAUGCAUUAUUUGUGGACAAGGCAUUAAAAGCUGAGGUGGAGACACUUGGAAGCAUAAGACACAAGAACAUAGUUAAGUUAUAUUGUUGCUUCUCAAGUUUGGAUUGUAGCUUAUUGGUUUAUGAGUACAUGCCAAAUGGUACUUUGUAUGAUUCACUUCACAAGGGUUGGAUUCAUUUGGAUUGGCCUACAAGGUAUAGAAUUGCACUUGGAAUUGCUCAAGGUCUUGCAUACCUUCACCAUGAUUUGGUUUUUCCUAUUAUCCAUAGAGAUAUUAAGUCAACUAAUAUUCUCUUGGAUGAAGAUUACCAUCCUAAGGUUGCUGAUUUUGGGAUUGCUAAAGUUUUACAAGCAAGAGGAGGAAAAGAUUCCACAACCACUGUUAUUGCAGGAACAUAUGGUUACUUAGCCCCAGAAUAUGCAUAUUCACCAAGGGCAACUACAAAGUGUGAUGUGUAUAGUUUUGGUGUGAUUUUGAUGGAACUGUUAACUGGGAGGAAACCAAUUGAGUCAGAAUUUGGAGAAAACAGAAACAUAGUUUUUUGGGUUUCAAACAAAGUAGAAGGCAAAGAAGGAGCUAGACCAAGUGAAGUUUUUGAUCCAAAAUUAUCAUGUUCAUUCAAAGAUGACAUGGUUAAAGUUUUGAGGAUUGCCAUUAGAUGCAGUUACAAAGCACCAGCUAGUAGACCAACCAUGAAAGAAGUUGUUCAGCUUCUGAUUGAAGCAGAACCAAAAAGUUCUGAUUCUUGCAAGUUGUCAAUCAAAGAUGCAUCAACAAAUGCUACUUUGGUAAAGAAAUCAUUUGAGUUAUAAUAAUGAUUAUAUUAUUAUUAUUAAGUAGCUUAAUUAAGGGGUGAGAGGGAGCAUAAGUAGUCUCUCUUGUUGUAGUGUAUUAUAUAAAGAGAGACUCAUUGUAAAGUGGAUAAAAAUUACCAUAAUCUUUUCUUUUUCUUCUAGACAAGUAGCUUAAUAGCUUAAUUUGUAGAUUCUAUAUAUCUUUGACUCUUGUUUUACA